CCUCUCAGUUCUCUUAAGUAUUACCGGUCCAGCGUUACGAUUUACAAUGAGCUCAGAGCCAGUCUGCGGUUUAAAGAAGAGUGGAAGAUAACCUACCGUAGUUCCCGUGAAUAUGCAUACACAGCGUUAUGGAAACUGCAUUUGGAUUUAGUUCAAGUUGUUGAGGCUCUACUCGUUGCUGAUCAAGCACGUGCUCAAGCUCUAAAUGAUAUGGUGAAUUAUGAGUAUGGCUCUGGAGAACCAUGCUAUUUGCCACACCUGCCUGAUAAGCCUGUCUGCGAGUUACCUGUGGGUUGUGCUCAAUCAAAUUUGGUUUUCUUAAAAGUUACUGAUAAAAAAAUGUAUUUCUGGGUUGUUCAGAUCGGUAACCAUGUUCAGUUUAGAAAAAUAAAGAUCGGCGAUUAUGGCUCAGGUCCUUAUUUGACCGAAAACUUCAUUGCAAAGUUAAACAACGAGAAAUUCGGAACAUUGCGGAUCAAAUGCGAGAAUCGUUCACUUGAUGAUGAGCCUUGCGAUGACGAAUUGGCCCCUGAAAGYGCGGUUGAUAAGCUUUCCGAGUCUUCCCAGACAGAGUCAGUGCACAAAUUGUAUGACAUCAUCAUUGGUCCUAUUGCCGACCUGAUUAAUGGCCAUGAACUUAUCUUUGUUCCCGAACGUUCAUUAUGCAUGGUCCCUUUUGCUGCACUGAUGGACUCCAAUUCAAAGUAUCUGUGCGAGUCUUUCAGAAUUCGCGUCAUUCCAUCCUUGACCACUCUCAAGUUGAUUGUUGAUGCAAAAGAUGAUUUCCACAACAAGACCGGCGCGCUACUCUUGGGGAAUCCAUGUUUGGAUGAAGUUCUUUUUGAGGGAAGAAAGUUAGAUCCGCUUCCAUGUGCCGAAAGAGAAGUGAAAAUGAUAGGCGACAUCCUCGACUCUACGCCACUCAUUGGAGAGGAAGCAACAAAAGAUGAGGUGUUGAGGCGGCUCUCGUCAGUUGCUCUGGUACACAUCGCAGCACAUGGCCGGAUGGAGACAGGAGAAAUUAUCCUUGCGCCACGAACAAACCGCAAAUCCCAAACCCCUGCCGAGGAAGAUUAUCUUCUCACCAUGAAGGAUGUGUCGGAUGUUCACAUGCGGGCAAGGCUGGUUGUGCUAAGCUGUUGUCACAGCGCUCGUGGAGAAAUAAAAGCGGCUGAAGGAGUGAUUGGCAUAGCGCGAUCGUUUCUUGGUGCCGGAGCUCGCUCUGUUUUGGUGGCUUUGUGGGCGCUUGGUGACGAGGCCACGAUGGAAUUCAUGAAGUACUUCUACAAAGAACUUGCAGCAGGAAAGAGAGCCAGUGAAGCUCUUCAGCAAGCUAUGAAUUGCAUGAGAGAAAUUGAACAGUUCAGAAAUCUGCGGAACUGGGCACCAUUUGUACUCAUUGGUGAUGACGUCACACUGGACCUACCGGACGCUUCUGAAGUUUAGACUUUGGCUGGUGCACACGUUGUCUUCGUUGAAAGAAAACCCACACAAGAAACGACGUGACUCUUCGCGGAUGGGGAAAAUACUUCAAGGACCAUACCAGGAUUGGAUCGUACACAGACUCAAAUGGACCAGAGUAAUCUAAGAUCUUUUUAGUUUUUUCCUUAAGGGAGUUUUAGUGCCUAUAGAGGCAUUUGAACUCGUAGUCGAUGAGAAAUCUUUAAUAAUUUUCAAUUUUUGGUGCAGGAUUUAGUUUUCAUUAUGAGCGCAGACAAAAAAUACUCUCUACAUCGAAAUUUUGCGAAAAGAGGUCUUUGUUAAAGAUUAACUAAACGAAGGGUAGGCAUCUCAGAAAAUGAUUCCUAGGUUUUGAUGAGAAUUUAUGCCACACAUGUAAACUUUUUAUUUGUUUGGUUUACUAAAAAUAAUCGUGAACUGAAGAAAUCACGGCCUGAUCCUUUUUGAAUUUUGCUCGAAAAGUGAUCGUUAUCGGUGAGGAAUCUUAAACAAUUUAUCAAUUUUUCUUAAGAUGUAUUUGUGAAAUUUCAUUGUAUGCUCAGAGAAAAUAGUUUUUAGAUCGGAAUUUUGUGCAAAGAGGUCUUCGCUUAAGACCAUCUUAAUGAAGUCUGUUUCAGUGCUAUUAGAGGUACAGUGCGAUCGAGUAUUCAUUCCAACUUGUUAUCUAUGACAAUUUAUUUUAUAAGUCUCACUGAGAGUUCUUUGGUAUAGAUUAAGUAAACGAAGGGUCAGCAUAUCAGAAAAUUAUUUCCGGGCUAUGAUGAGAAUUUUUGCCACAACUGUAAAUUUCUAAGAGGUUAAGUUUACUUAAAAUAAUCAUAAACUGCCGAACUCACUGCUUGAUCUCUUUUGAACUUCAUUUGAAAUCGAUUGUUAUCGAUGAGAAGUUUUUUUUUAACUUUGUUUAAUUUCAGCGUUUGCAGCAAAAAAUAGUUUUAAGAAUUUUUUCAGAAUUUUGUACAAAGAGGUCUUUGCUAAAGACAAUCUGAAUGAAAUCUGUUUGAAUGCCAUUAGAGGCACUAUUUGAUUGGGUAUUCAUUCCAAAUUGUUAUCGAUAAGAUUUUUUGACAUUUCGCCAAUUUUAGUUUAGGACUUAGUUUUUCUAAGUUUCAUUAUGUGCCCAGAGAAAAACACCCUUUCUGUUGUUAUCGGUAAAAUUUUUUUACAUUUCGCCAAUUUUAGUUCAGGACUUAGUUUUUCUAAGUUUCAUUACGUGCCCAGAGAAAAAUACUCUUUCCGCCGUAACGUUUAAUUAAGAUUUCCUUAUGAAAGGAAUUGUUACCAGGCUACCAUGAGAGUUUUAUAUAGAUUAUGAUAAACACGCGGCCCGAUCUUGUUGGUUUGGUUGAGAUAUUAAGAUGUAAAGUUUAGACUAUUUUAUAUUCAAAACUGGACAUAUAAUAUCCCUUCUUUGUUACUUUCCGUAGUUUUAGCAUCUUCAAGUGACUCAAUUUCUAAUGUCUUUUUUUUAAACUACUUUUGAAGCGGAGCUAUUCUGAAAAGUAGUUUUACGAUGAACGAUCUUUGUAUUGUAAAAAGGGAUUUACAGUUUUAAUUUGCCUAAGUUUAACUCCUGUCUGAGCUUGGGACCAGUCUUCAUUCAUCACCUGGGUGGGGUGGGAGGAUUUUGGUUUUGUCACGAUAAAAUUUACCUGAUACCCCAUAAAGCUCUAGUAUUCUUAUGACAGUUAAUUGAUAAUCAUCUUUUUUACCCAACCCCCUCCUUUUACACUCUGUUGGCGAUGGCUGAUCCUCUUCCGUCCUCCAUCCUCUCAGCCCAGGUGAUAAAUAAUGACUGGCCCAUUUAACGGGGAACAUUUUGGUAAUUUGUAAUGAGUCAUCCUUUAAUAUAAAUAAUUUUUAAAACUUACCGGUGUACAUGAACCAAGAAAGUCCUUAAAACUCUCAGGGUCUGAUUGUGUGGCUGCCCUCGAAAGUCAACUCGCAUCCGAAGGAGUUUCGUUGUUAUUCGCAAGAAAAAGAGAAAUUUUAAUCCUGGGAUCUGGCUUAGAAGUAACAAAUCUUCUUGAGAUAACAACGUAGUCGCCUUAAGAUACAUGGAUGGACGAAGGAUUACAUGGAUCUGACUGACAUGUAAUA